CAUGUCGUCCGCAUGAUGGCUGCCCAGUCCCUACAUUGGACACGUUUUGUGGGCUUUGGUUGGAAAGGGUCGAGAUAAAACACACACGGCGUACCCUGCUGACAACUGGUUUGCGGCUGCUGGUACUAGUGUGGGGAGCGUGUUUCACGUGUUGCUUCUCAACACGCAGCAAAACGUCGUCCGGACCGAAUUUGCCUCUGGAAACGGGAGUUUGAACUUUUUCCACAUUUGACUGCAUGUGCCUGAGAGUCUGACGCUGCAUCUCUUCAAUGGCUGCCUCGUGCUCUUCCUCCACCUCUGUGCCUGAGGGUUUCCACUACGAGACCAAGUACAUCGUCCUCAACUACCUGGGACUCCUGCCCCCCUCCCGGCUGCAGGCCACCGCUGGCGGAGGAGAUGGCCAUUAUGCUGUGGACAGAGAGAGGAACAGAGUAAUGAAGGCACAGAUAGAGGAAGAGCUGAAGCAACUGGAAGAUGAGGUCUCAGACUCCUUCUCCAGUACAGGCUUCGACUGCCAUACAUCUCCAGUGUUUAGCCCAGCCAACCCAGAGAGCUCCAUCGAGGACUGCCUGGCUGUUCUGGGUGACCGGGUGGCCAGAGACCUGGACACACACCUGGCCUCUACUGUACACACACUCCUCAGUGCCCCGCUGGACUACGAGCAUUUCAGAGAAGCAGCACAAGACAUCUCCUGCCACACGCAGAGUGGCUGGAGCAAGGUGCUGGUGCCAUUGGUGCUGCUGCAGGCCCUUCAGGGAGAAGGACAGAUCCUGGCCCACCUGCUACCUCUGGGGGUCCGUUUCCUGGAGGAGGCUGAGGCAGACUACAUCAUCCAGCAGGGAGGAUGGGGUACAGUGUUUAGCCUGGAGGAAGAGGAGGAGCAGGGCGUGACCAUAGCCGAGGACAGCAACGACAUCUACAUCCUGUCUGGAGAACAGCUUCCUGGCCAGCUCAGUCCCCCCGCGUCACUGCUGGGCACCGGAGACAGCAGUGGGCCGGGCAGCUGGCAGACAGAGAGCUUACCCGUGUCUCUGGCAGGCAACGAUUCCUGGGCACAGGUGAGCAUGAUGGACCACCCCGAAGAUGUUAAGAGUCUGGACAGCAACGAGGGCACCCUGGCUGAGGAGCGCAGUGAGAACAACUCCUCCAACUCUGACAUUGUGCACGUGGAGCGAGAGGACGCAGAGGAGGGUGAGGCCGGGGCCGAGUUGCAGGAGAGCAUGCUGAGUGUGCUGGGGACGGAGAGCGAGCUGGCUGAGCUGAGGGCGGAGUUUAGGGAUGACACCCCGCUUCCUGUCCCAGCAGCCCCAGUGCCGGUGGUGGUAUAUCUGGAGGAGCCGGUCAUCAUAGAGACGCCUGCUCCCCUUUCGGCGGUUCUAUCAGAGCUGCAUUCGUCUGUCCCCGUGUCAGAGCCCGAGCCCUCUGCUCCAGACCCUAUGAUUGAGCCUGAGCCUGCCCCUGUUGUGGAGGCAGCACCACCAUCCCCCGCCAAGGCACCCUCUACUCCCCCAUCAGCAAAGCCAGUUCUAGAACCAGAGCCUGUUCCAGAGCCAGUCGCAGCACCGCCAGAGCCAGAGGAGUCCCAGCCUGAACCUCAGUCAGAGACUGUGCUGGAGACGGCUGCAGCGCCCCUCCUGGAGGCACUCCCAGCUCCUGUGGCCCCAGCCGAGGAGCCCCCGGUGCAGACGGAACCAGAACCCAAGUCAGAGAUCCCAGUGCUGCUGUAUGGUGGAGCUGCUCUGGUGGCUCUAGCUGCUGUGGUGACCUGGGGAGUCAUGACCCACCGGAAGAAGUAGCCUAGCAGUGCUCCUGAACCGGGUUGCAGACCUCACCACCUCCCUGGUCCCUGCUGCUAGCAGUGCUCCUGAACCGGGUUGCAGACCUCACCUCCUCCCUGGUCCCUGAUGCUAAUCUGGGCUGCUGGGCCUGCCACUACCAGGUGGACACACCAUGUGAACAAUUACUUAUUUUCCUUCUCUCCAUUUUUGUUUUCCCCCAUUCUCCUCUCUGCUCAUCUGGCAAUUUGAUAUGUUUUUCUUCAGUUGCUGCCUCCAACCCAUCAUGUCUCAAACUGGAAAGGACAUUUGUAUAAUUUUCUAGCGGUUUCUAUGUUUUCCGGGUGCUUGGUUCUGUUCGAUGCCAUGCGGAUGCACGUCACAGACACACCCUGUUUGUAUGUUACUCUCUCGGCUGGAGCUCGGGGUACCUCUUUGUCCUCAGAGCCUAGUGGGUGUAGCGCAGAAGUCAGAAUUCCCUGUUCUACUGCAGGGAAAAGGGAAGCUAUUCCAAUAUUUUCAUAUACAAAAAUGUAAGUUCUGAUUACAUUAUGUCCUCUGAAAAGCAAACCUGUCUUCAAGGAUUAGAUGGGCAUGUUUGUUUUUUAUGGCAAUUAACUCAUCAUGAUUAGACUUGAUUUGUUUUUAGAAUUCACUGUACUGGAGACACUACUGUGUAUCUAUAACAUUUGUCUGCAGAAUUGAGCCCCAUAAAGAGACUAUUUUUCAUAAAGCACUUGAUAGGGAUUAAUAAUAUCGCACUUAAAUGGAAAGUAGAUACACAUGACCAAAAGUAUGUGGACACAUGCUUGUCGAACAUCUCAUUCCAAAAUCAAGGGCAUUAAUAUGGAGUUGGUCCCCUCUUUGCUGCUAUAACAGCCUCUACUCUUCUGGGAAGGCUUUCCACUAGAAGUUGGAAUAUUGCUGCAAGGAUAUGCGUCCAUUCAGUCACAAGAGCAUUUGUGAGGUCAGACACUGAUGUUGGGCGAUUAGACCUGGCUCGCAGUCAGCGUUCCAAUACAUCCCAAAGGUGUUCGAUGGGAUUGAGUUCAGGGCUCUGUGCAAGCCAGUCAAGUUUUUCCACACCGAUCUCGACAAACCAUUUCUGUUUGGACCUUGCUUUGUGCACGGGGGCAUUGUCAUGCUGAGACAGGAAAGGGCCUUCCCCAAACUGUUGCCACAAAGUUAGAAACACAGAAUUGUCUAGAAUGUCAUUGUAUGCUUUAUCAUUAAGAUUUCCCUUCACUGGAACUAAGGGGCCUAGCCCGAACCAUGAAAUACAGCCCCAGAUCAUUAUUCCUCUUCCACCUAACUUUACAGUUGGCACUAUGCAUUGGGGCAGGUAGCGUUCUCCUGCCAUCAACCAAACCCAGAUUUGUCUGUCAGGACUGCCAGAUGAUGAACCGUGAUUCAUCGCUCGUGUCCAAUGGCGUCGAGCUUUACACCACUCCAGCCAACGCUUAGCAUUGCAACGGAUGUGCCCGAAUCCACUCAUUUGAAGGGGUGUCCACAUGGUGUGUUUAUCUACUUCUUUCCAGUCACUUACAUCACCUAAGUUAUUUUGUUACGUUUUUGGAAAUUGAGGGAUUCCACUUUAAGAUGUGAAUAGGAUGCCAUAACUCAAUUCAUUUUUCACUAACUAAUUUCAGUCAUUUAGUAAACAGACUCCUGUGUCUCAUAGUUACGAUUUGUCAAUCAAAUUGAUUUUGAAUGUAAAAAAAGAGGAUAAAGACUACCGCAGUUCACAGCCAGUGGCAUACACUGUUGCGUUUGAUUACUAUCUCCUUGAAAAUAGGCAUUUAGAUUAUCUGGUAUAGAACUGUCAAUGGUCACUAUCAACCUUGUGUGUGUUAACUAUUGUGUUUGUGUGAGUGAAAUUAAAGCCAGCUUAACCAUGAUGGCACCAUG